AUGGGACUUAACGAUUCUUUAAGGUAUGCUCAAGAUGAAGUGCUCCAAUAUAAUCCGUUAUCACAAGAUGAAGAUUAUUGCAUUCCGUCGACUUCGUCUUGCAAAAAUACAGAAUAUAUUCGCUGUCAGUUAUCAUUCGAAGAUCCACAAAUGGAUAAAAGUCAUCGCCAAACAAAUGAAAUAAUGUUUGAAAUCUACGAUUAUUUGACAUUAAAGUUGGAAGCAAUGUUCAAUGGGCAACUGGAGCGAUUUCCAAAAUUGUUCACUAAAGAAUGGGAUGAUCACUAUUCAACAUUUUAUCCUGAAAAUGAUCUCCGAGAACGACGUCGUGCAAUGGAACUUGAAUUGGAUUGUGAUGAGAUUCGUUCGGAGACAUCCGAUGACCGAAGUAAUGGGAAAAAAGAUAAAAAAAUUGAACUUGAUGAACGUAUUCGAAAACGCGUGCGCCGUGGUGAUCGGGCAGAAAAAAUGAAAAAAGUGAAAUACGUUUAA